UGAUGAGAAUAUCAGCCAGCCGCCUGUGUGAUGAUAAAGUCAAGAGAGUUUUUAAGGAGGGGUUUGGAAGAUUUGGGGAGCCCCAAAUUGCAAAUUUUUUUAUGGGUCUGUGAAAAAAAUGCCUGAGGACGUAGCAGAUUUGGUUUUGUAUAGCUUCAGUACACGUUUUUACAGCCAGUUUUUGAGUUUAAGGAAGGGGCCCAGAGAGUUGCGUAGAGGUUUUGUUAAUUAGAUGCCCCCAUUUGUUUAUGUGAUAGUGUGUAUCCUGAUCCAUUGUUUAAGCACAUAUCAUCUGGUUUUUUAGGGCCUAGAUCUAGAUUUUUCUAAUAAGGCCUGUUUACUGUUGUGGAACAAGCUUUUAUUCAUUAGGAUAGAGACCAUAUUGCCAAUUCAAAGGAUUGUAGAAAAAGGAAAAAUCUUAGUGUGGUGUAAGAUUUUGGAGAUUACCCAGAUUGUCCAGCUGGGUAGUUUGGGAACAAAGUCUAAAGUUUACAUUUUUUUAAUGGUGGUGAUUUUGAUUUUGCCAGUGUCAAGGAAUUGAAGUUUAAGGGAUUUCAGAGAAAAAAGUAUCAUUUUUUAUUUUGUCAGCUAGGAUAGAAUUUUGGGAACUGUUAGUAGGGGGUGUCAGCCAGGGAAAUUGAUGCUCAAAGUUUAAACUUUUGCUGCUGAACUAGGGAGGAUAGAAUUCUUGUUAUUGUUAUAGGCUGUGUUUUGAGGGCCUUAGUGAGAAUUUAUGCUAAGAAAUCAGUUUUUUAUUAGGAUGGAAUUUCGGGUACUGUGUUUUGAGAGGCUUAGUCUAAACUGGUACUAGAAACUUACCUUUUGUAUAGUAGUUGCUGUUAGAAUGGAUUUUAGGAUACUGUACUGGACUGGUCCUUACUGAGAAUUGAAAGAAACUAAUUACGGUUUUGUUGGUUAGGAUGGAAUUUUGGGUGCUGGUGUAGGAUGCAUGUUUGGUAAAGAUUGGUGUGCUAAACAAGAGGAUUAGAAUUUUAAGCUAUGGGUUUGCAAGGUUGGGCUUUGUCUUAUUGAAUUAGAGUUGGAGUAGAGUUAAGUGAAUUGAUGGAAUUGGGGGGCCAGGAGGAGGAGAUCGGCAUGCCAAUCUCAGUGAACUAUGGCCCCAUACAUGAGUCUUCCAAGCUGAAGAUAUUAACAAGUACAGGAGGUAAUGGCACUACUGAUGAACAGGCACAGCAGCAGCAAGGGACAGCAAGCAAGAAACCAGUGAGAUAUAGGGAAUGCCAGAAGAAUCAUGCAGCAAGCAUUGGAGGGCAUGCCCUUGAUGGGUGUGGGGAAUUCAUGCCCAGUGGAGAAGAUGGGACUCUAGAGGCCUUAAAAUGUGCAGCUUGCAACUGUCAUAGGAAUUUUCACAGAAGGGAAGUGGAUGGGGAUCAGCAACCACCUUGUUAUUACUGCUACAGUGCCAGAAAGGAUAUUAACAGAAAGAGGCCACCUGGAGCUCCUUUUCCAUUGGCUCUUCCUCCUAGUCCUGGUGUUCUUUCUAGGCCUUCUCAGAUGAUUAUGGCCUUUGGUGGUCCUGGAGUACCUAAUGACAGUGAUCAGGAGCAUCAUCAUGAUAUGGUAGGGGGCUCUAUCCAUGGAUAUCAGGGAACCCCAAUGCCAAUAUCUAUUAUGAAGAAGAGGUUCAGAACCAAGUUCACACAGGAGCAGAAGGAUAAAAUGUGUAGCUUUGCAGAGAAGCUUGGUUGGAGGAUCCAGAAGCACGACGAGGCUGCAGUCCAGCAAUUCUGCAUGGAAUUAGGUGUCAAGCGCCAUGUACUCAAGGUGUGGAUGCAUAACAACAAGCACACACUAGGGAAAAAGUUGUGAAAGAAAAAAUGACAUUUUUUUUUCAUGCUGCACAGUCACACACUCUAGGAUCACGAUGAUGAAUUGCAUGAAUGAAGCAUGUCAUCUAACAGACUUGUUUCUAUCUUCAUGCCAUUGAUCAGUAUUCAUUCCAAUGUUUAUUGCUCUCAUGAUAUCUGAAAAUUGUAGUUUGAAAGCUCAGUCUGCUUAUCUGGUACCCUAAGUUCAAAGACACCCAGUCCAAUCAAAUGAAAUAGUUUUCAAGGAUCACAUCUAACUGUUGUAUAGUAAGUCCAGUCGAUGUAGAACUCUGAAAAUUUUCUGUUGCUAUAAUGUACUACUGGGUUUGUACUUUGGACUAGGGCUCCACUUUGAUCACUUACCCAUUGUAGGCUACUUUAUUUCAUCCAUGGCUCCGCAUGCUUAUCUUCUACCAUAUAUGCAGGCUCGGGAGACUCAUACCGGAGUUGAAAGAAGAGUUAUUAGUAUAUUUUUCUACUUCUAUUAUGUAUUAGAUUUCUAUUAAAAUUUGCUGCCUUUGCAGCUUCAAUUCAAUCUGUAGUCCUAUUAAAACCUACCUCCAUUUUCUGUAUUCGAAUUUCACUUAAUUUUAAUCAUGCCAUUUUAGCA